AUGUGGUUUAUCCUUGCCGAACAGAGGGAAAAGCAGCACCUGGAGCUGGAUCCCAACAAGGACCACGAUUCGUCUCAAAAUCGAGGCGAGAUAAUUGACAUUGGAACCAUCGCAAUGAGCGAAGUGCCAGUCAUGCUGUGGUGGAGUGACAAAGUAAAACUCUGGGGACCGUUUUUCACAGCGAUCCGGUGCGGGGAGUAUGAGUAUCCCACUUGGAAGCUGCAGACUGACCACAACUUCAAUCCCGAUCUAUUAAGUAUCGCCGCAACAGUUUACCUCGCCGUUGGCGCCAGCCAUGUGAGCCCUCCACGCUAUGGGAAGGUGACUGGGCUUGAUCCAACCGAUCAGCAGCAUUGCGACUUUUUGGAACAAAUCCUUAUGAAAUAUCGGAUACAGCUUUUCAACAAGACGACAUUUGUGCCCAGGCCCACAUACACAAAUCCGUGGAAGAGGAAAUUUCGAGACGAGCGUUCAACUAAUACGGUCACACCCGAAGAUUGCCUGACUAUCUGGGAGCAUUAUAUCAUGUGGCAGUUCGGAGGAACGAUUUCUGACCAUGUGUCAACACUAUCCGAUAAAGACUCUGAUUCUUAUCAGCAAAGAAGGCGCGAGGAAGCUUUCUGUCGCUGUCUCUGGUUGCUUCCUUUCUCGAAGGAAGGAAGCGGCACUUGA